AUGAUUGCCGACUCAAUUGGAGCCCAGCUUGUGGGAGGCGACGCACCGAAACUCCGAACCGCAUGCGAGAAUUGCAGACAAUCCAAGGUCAAGUGCAAUCUGUCCGGCAAGAACGUAUGCACUCGCUGCCUCCGGAACGGGCUGCAAUGUCAGUAUGGAUUCGCCAAUCGCUCCGGCAAACCAAAAGGUAGUAAAAACCGAGCGACACUGAGGAAAUUGGGUCAGUUACCGGAAGAAAAGUCGCCUGUUCGGGGAUAUCGUGGUAGUCAGCUGGGGCCUCCCAGUAUAGAUCGUGAGCCACUUGUGACCACGGGCUAUUCAACGCAUUUGAGUGAGCCGAUUAUCGAUGACGAUGUAGGCCCAUCGAGUCUUUGGAACAGCCCGCGAGGUCUUAGCAAUGUAGCAUUGGAUACACCCAUAUGUCCUCCACAAAUGACAGCAAUAGGUGGUUCACCCUUCGCGGACUUUGUGGACGCUUGCCCUCCCCUCUCUGUCGGUCUGGGGUACCCGCAAACUCCAGUGACACCCACGUUUCUCGCAUCGGAUCCACUGGGAGAUGGUAUGACAAGCCCGCCACUUAGCGGUUCCGUGUCUUCCCCUCAUACAGGCCUAGCAUCGUGCGAAUGUGUGGAUAUGCAGUUGUUCCAUAUGAACCGGCUCAAUCAACUACUCGUCGAGUCCCAGCCACUCCGCUUCGAUCACAGCUUGCAGACAAUGAAAGCAACCUUUUGUGCUGGACAAAUCUUCUUACAGUGCAGGAUAUGCGCCAAGGAUAGUUCCAAUCUGCUGCUUCUUAUUUCGGUACUGAACUUGACCCUGCAGCUGUUCGAGUAUUGGAUAUCGCGGGAGAUUUCUCGAGCUCCACAGGCAGAUUACGGGGUUGAUAUCAGGUACGGAUACUAUGAGGUUUGCCACGAGGAAAAUCACCAAAUACGCACUUUCCUACUACGGGGACUACUCCUGCAGUGUAGAGAGUUGCUUUCCCUUCUCACAACGUCGGUCAAUUCAUCGUAUCUGGACGCGGAGAGCUCGACUGUGGCAAAGGAGAUUACUGGAGAGGCCGAUCAUCGGCCCUGGUCCUCUCCAGGCAGUCUCUUUACCCCUUUUCCCGACAUCGACCCCGAGUUACUGAGUCAGAAUGAUUCUGAGAGCACUGGUCUGCUGCCCAUCGUCGCGGGCUACAAAGCAACUGUAGAUGCAUUUCUUCGGUCCGUCUCGGCGAAUGAAUGCAUUUGCGGAUCCAAAUAUGCGGAGGAGUCUCUUUAA